ACGAGUCGGACUCUGGCAGCAGUGAGGCACUUGUCCGGAUUUGGGCUCCUGGGGCGAAUUACGGCGAUCCGAGUACUGUAAUGCGCUCGGCGACGGAUCGGUUUAAUUCGGCCUUACUUACUUAAGAAUGAACAGUGGAAAGCGCUGGAUCGUUGGCCGGCUCGAGGACGGCGCUCGAGCCAACAAGCCGAGAGCGAGAGCGAGAGCGAGAGGUAGAGCUAAUCCGAGGCUCCGGCAGAUUCUCAGUUCCUGCCUUUUCUGCUUUGCGCCGAAUGAGAGGCCCGUCCGCGAGCGAGAAACACCAAGCGGCAGCGGCAUGGCGAUGGCGGCGUGUCGGGCCACCACGCGCCUCGCGAUCGUGGGCGAUGUGCAUGAUGCCUGGGAUCCUGUGGUAGACGCAAGAGCUCUUGAUUUACUGCAGCCGGACCUAGUUUUAUUCACAGGGGAUUUUGGAAACAAGAAUGUGGAUGUGGUGUCUAGUAUAAGUACUCUAAACUUCCCAAAAGCAGCGAUACUUGGAAAUCACGACUGUUGGUUUCCGUCAGGAUCACCAGAGCACACAAGAUCGUGUAACCUUGAACGAGACCCUAUUCAAGUUCAACUAGACUUGCUUGGUAACUCACAUGUGGGGUAUAAGCGGUUAGAUUUUCCCCAACUGAAAAUAAGCGUCGUAGGCGGAAGGCCUGGAUCAUGGGGUGGUCUACAUAUGCAUAACAAAACAAAGCGAUUCUUUGGAGCUUCCAACAUGGAUCAGAGCAGUGAUCUAAUCUCAAAGGCGGCUCUUGGAGCACCAGAAGAUAAUUUUCUUCUGUUGUUAGCUCACAACGGGCCUACGGGACUCGGUUCCAAGUAUAAUGACAUUUGUGGCAAAGACUGGGAUUUGAGAGGUGGCGACCAUGGCGAUAGAGAUUUGCGGAACGCAAUUUCACAAGUGAAGAAGAAACGGAAGGUUCCUCUUGUAGUAUUUGGUCAUAUGCACAAGGGGCUACAGUUUGGUGUUUCUGAGAGAAAUAUGAUCGUGGUUGGAGAGGACAAGUCCGUGUAUCUCAAUGCCGCUGUCGUCCCAAGAAUCAGAAAAGUGUCAUCAUCAAAUGCUGACGAAGUCUCUCUGGAAACUCAACUGGCAAACUCCAAUUUGUAUGAAUGUUAUGAAGCUGAACCAUUACCAUCUGAAAUACCGUCCGAAAGGAACUUCACAUUAGUAGAGAUGGAAGAUGGGGAGCUAAAGAAAAUAUCGGAGGUUUGGAUCAAAGUCGAUGAGUCGCAGGCAUCCAUAGGAGAAGAAACUCAGCUGUAUCCUAGAGCUAGAACGGUAUAACAAAGUAUAUACUGUGUAAUGGAAGGCUUGAUGUAACCUUGCAAAAGUAACUAGGUUGAAAUAGCGCUUGUAAAAAUGUCAUCCUCCCGAUGCAGGAUACCCUGUAUCAUACCUCUAGUUGAAAUGCAUAGCUGUUUGUAAAGAGAUGUAUUUUAAGAGACCAACAUGUAAUACAUCAAAGAUUUUCCUG